AUGAAACCUCUUAUGUUGCAAGGGCACGAACGUGCCAUCACUCAAAUUAAAUACAACCGCGAAGGAGAUCUUUUGUUCUCUGCGGCGAAGGAUUCUAAGCCUAACGUGUGGUGGUCAUUAAACGGAGAGCGUCUUGGCACUUUUAAUGGGCACGGUGGUGUUGUUUGGUGUCUUGACGUUGACUGGCAAUCCAUUAACCUGAUCACUGGUGGUGGUGACAGUUCCUGCAGGUUGUGGGAUCUAGAGACUGGCAAAAAUAUAGCUACAAUAAAAACUAAUUCAUCAGUAAGAACAUGUAACUUCAGCUACAGCGCAAACCAAGCUGCUUACACAACUGACAAGGCUAUGGGGCACCCUUGUGAAGUCUUUGUUAUUGAUACAAGAACAAUUGACGAAUCUUUAUCAACCCAAGGGCCAACAUUGAAGUGGGAGAUUACAGACUCUAAAGUUACUUCAAUGGUAUGGGGUGUUCUCGAUGAGACUAUCAUCACUGGUCAUGAAGCUGGUGAUCUCAUUCAGUGGGAUUUAAGAACUGGCAAGAAGAUACAUUCAAUUAAAGAACACACGCACCAAGUUAAUGACAUGCAACUAUCGCGGGAUGGGACCAUGUUCAUUACGGCUUCCAAGGAUCAAACUGCCAAGCUAUUUGACACCAACUCCCUAGAACUUCUCAAGGAGUAUAAAACUGAACGUCCAGUCAAUUCAGCAGCUCUGAGCCCUAUCCUAGACCAUGUAGUACUUGGUGGAGGUCAAGAUGCUAUGGAAGUAACAACUACUUCAACCAGAUCUGGAAAAUUCGACGCUCGUUUCUUCCAUUUAGUAUUCGAAGAGGAAUUUGGCCGUGUCAAGGGUCACUUUGGACCUAUUAACAGUUUGUCUUUCCAUCCAGAUGGUAAAAGCUUUGCAUCAGGUGGUGAAGAUGGUUAUGUACGUGUACAGAAUUUCGAUCAAUCGUACUUUGACUAUACAUUUGAUUAUAACAGAGAU